GAAGGCGGCUGAGUGACAGCUGGCGGCGCCAGUGGCCUGCAGCGCCUGGGCAGGGCGGCCGGAGCUGCCGGGCGGCCGGAGCGCGCAGCGGCCGCGGCGGGGCCGGCCGAAGUGCAGCUGUGGGCAGCUUUGGACCCCAGAGGCAUUGGAUCUGAGCCACCUGGUUCGUUGGCUUCUCUAGUGGACUACCCCUACACCACUGAUUUGUAUGAAGGACCUCACUCUGCAGAAGCAGAGUGAAUUCAUCUUUGAUGGAUUUCAGCUUGGCUGCUCUCCCCCAGUAUAAAACUGUGAGAAUUGCUUACAUGCUGUUUUUGAAAAGAGUGUGCUGUGAGAGACCACCUCUUAACUACCAGAUGAAGCACAAACCAGCGUGUCUGACAACUGUCUGGAACCAAACCCUGAACGCAAGCUUGUACUCUAAGGCAGAUAAAGGAGUGAAAGGUGUGGAGUUGUAUGCUGCUGUAAAGGCAUCUGCAGGAGUCUGGAGCAAUGCCACCACCUUCAGACAUUGUGAAAGUAGCUGUUGAGUGGCCAGGUGCCAAUGCUCAGCUGCUGGAAAUAGAUCAGAAAAGGCCUCUUGCAUCCAUCAUCAAGGAGGUCUGUGAUGGGUGGUCACUGCCAAACCCUGAAUACUACACCUUACGAUAUGCUGAUGGUCCUCAGCUGUACAUCACAGAGCAGACUCGCUGUGACAUCAAGAAUGGAACAAUCCUACAGCUGGCAGUCUCCCCGUCUAGGGCAGCUCGCCAGCUGAUGGAGAGGAUCCAGUCACACAAUAUGGACACUCGACUGGAUGCCAUGAAGGAAUUGGCUAAACUUUCAGCAGAUGUGACCUUUGCCACAGAGUUCAUCAACAUGGAAGGGAUUACAGUGCUGACACGGCUGGUGGAGAGCGGGACCAAGCUUCUGUCCCAUUACAGUGAAAUGUUGGCUUUCACCUUGACUGCCUUCUUGGAGCUCAUGGACCAUGGUAUUGUCUCCUGGGACAUGGUUUCAAUAACCUUCAUCAAACAGAUUGCAGGGUAUGUGAGUCAGCCUAUGGUAGAUGUCUCCAUACUCCAACGAUCCCUAGCCAUUCUAGAAAGCAUGGUGUUGAACAGUCAGACUCUGUAUCAGAAGAUAGCAGAAGAGAUCACCGUGGGGCAGCUCAUUUCUCAUCUGCAAGUCUCAAACCAAGAGAUCCAGACAUAUGCCAUUGCCCUGAUUAAUGCCCUCUUUCUGAAGGCACCUGAGGACAAGAGACAGGAAAUGGCUAAUGCAUUUGCCCAGAAGCACCUGAGGUCUAUAAUCCUGAACCAUGUGAUCAGAGGAAACCGCCCAAUUAAAACAGAAAUGGCACAUCAGCUGUAUGUGCUACAGGUUCUGACUUUUAAUCUCCUGGAAGAGAGAAUGAUGACCAAGAUGGAUCCCAAUGAUCAGGCACAGAGAGACAUCAUAUUUGAGCUGAGAAGAAUUGCAUUUGAUGCAGAAUCUGACAGCAACACCAUCCCUGGCAGCGGAACAGAAAAACGCAAAGCAAUGUACACCAAGGACUACAAGAUGCUGGGAUUCACUAAUCACAUCAAUCCAGCCAUGGAUUUUACUCAGACUCCUCCAGGGAUGCUGGCAUUGGAUAACAUGCUGUACUUGGCCAAAUUUCAUCAGGACACCUAUAUCCGGAUUGUUCUGGAGAACAGCAGUCGAGAAGAUAAGCAUGAGUGUCCCUUUGGACGCAGUGCCAUUGAGCUUACCAGGAUGCUUUGUGAGAUUCUGCAAGUUGGGGAGCUCCCCAAUGAAGGCCGGAAUGACUAUCACCCCAUGUUUUUCACCCAUGACCGUGCAUUUGAGGAGCUGUUUGCCAUCUGCAUCCAGCUGCUGAACAAGACCUGGAAAGAAAUGAGGGCAACAGCAGAAGAUUUUAAUAAGGUUAUGCAGGUUGUGAGGGAACAGAUCACACGGGCUCUUCCCUCCAAACCCAACUCUUUGGACCAGUUCAAGAGCAAACUGCGCAGCCUAAGCUAUUCUGAGAUCCUGCGACUACGCCAGUCUGAGAGAAUGAGCCAGGAUGACUUCCAGUCACCACCUAUUGUGGAGCUCAGAGAGAAAAUCCAGCCUGAGAUCUUGGAGCUGAUAAAACAACAGCGCCUGAACAGGCUUUGUGAGGGAAGUAGUUUUCGAAAAAUUGGAAAUCGCAGAAGGCAAGAAAGAUUUUGGUAUUGUCGCCUGGCUCUGAAUCACAAGGUGUUGCACUAUGGGGAUCUGGAAGAUAACGCCCAGGGGGAAGUGACCUUUGAAUCACUGCAGGAAAAAAUUCCAGUUGCAGACAUCAAAGCCAUUGUCACAGGGAAGGAUUGUCCACACAUGAAGGAGAAAAGUGCGUUGAAACAGAACAAGGAAGUGUUAGAAUUGGCCUUCUCGAUAUUAUAUGAUCCUGAUGAGACCUUGAACUUCAUUGCACCUAACAAAUAUGAGUACUGUAUCUGGAUCGAUGGGCUUAAUGCUCUCCUGGGGAAGGACAUGUCCAGUGAGCUAACUAAGAGUGACCUGGACACGUUGCUGAGCAUGGAAAUGAAGCUGAGGCUCCUGGACUUGGAGAACAUCCAGAUCCCCGAAGCACCGCCGCCCAUCCCCAAGGAGCCGAGCAGCUACGACUUCGUGUACCACUACGGCUGACGGGGGCUCUGCCCGCGCUGGGCCGGCCCGGGCCGCCGGCGGGCGCCUGAGCUGAGGCGGGCGCAGCCGCCUGGGGGCGCCCCCCUGCCCGCCCGGCCCGCACCCCUUCCUUUCGCGGCAGAGCCGCCGGCCCGCGGCGGGGCGGGCUGCGCAGCUGCCUCGCGCCCGUGCGCCUUUUGUACGCGUCCCAAUAAUAACCAGUAGUACGGCCCUGC